GGUUGGUUAAGUUAACCAGGUUACCUGCUGGUUAACUUAACCAACCAGCUUUAGUUGAUUCCUCUGCAGCGGCGGAGGAGCUAGCUUAGCUCCGUUAGCUCCUCAGUUGGCCUGGUAACGGUGCAGCUCCGGUUAGCUAACGUUGAGCCUGGUGAUGGGACUUUAUCCGGACGUGUGUUGUUGUCGUGUUGGAACAACAACAUGGCGGGUGAGGCAGCGACCUGAGGGUGGAGAGGUGGAGGUAACCCGCAGGUGACGAGCUGUGUGGCUCAGGUGCUACCUGUUAGCAUGAUAAUCUACUGACUAAGCUAACUGUUGAUGUGGUGACUGUGAAGCUUCAGGAGCCAAAAGUUCACGCUCUCUCUUUCAAACUGAGCAGCAUCUGCUCAGAGACGGAAGUGACCGCGGUUUGUUAUCGCACCUGAAAAAAGAGGAAGUGAAGCAGGAAGAACGCCAAUAAAAUCAGUUUUCUGUUGAUUCUGGGUUUUCGUUUCUGCGGGGGAAGGAAAGCGGCUCCCUCCUCGGUGAAGUUAGAAGUGUACCGGUCCAGCAGAGUCCACCAGAACCCACAAUGUCUCCAUCAGGCUGUUGACACUGACAUCUUCCCCUGACGCUGAGCAGAGGGAGGCAGCUGGAGGGAGACCAGCGAGCAUGCGGCGCCGGCCCGGUGUGUCCAGGAGGUGGCGCUGCUGAGAGGCAAACAGUCGGUGCUGAGUGUGUGCCUGCCGAACCGGGCAUGGACGACUUCAACAGCAGGACGUACGGAACCAGCGGCCCCGACAACAGACCUCUGUUCGGGGAGACGUCCGCUCGGGAUCGAAUAAUCAACCUGGCAGUGGGAGGAUUCACUUCUCUGGUUGUUCUAGUGACUGUGGUCGGGUCCUUCGUGUUCCCCUCGUUGCCUCCGCGACCGUUAAAUGUCUUCUUUGCUGUCUGCAUCCUGUUAACCUGUGGAUCCACCAUAGUGCUGAUAUUCUGGUACCGACAGGGAGAUCUGGAGCCUAAAUUCAGGAACCUGAUCUAUUACAUGCUGGCGUCCAUCGUGCUGCUGUGUCUAUGUGCCAACCUCUACUUCCACGACGUCAGGUAAAGACCGAGACGAGGGGGAAGAAGAAGAAGGGACGACAUGGCUCGGACAGACGGACACACACGUGGAAGGGCCAACCUUGAAAGAACCAUGCGACCAAAAAAAGAACUCACUCACUUACUUGAAUGAAUUACCCGCAAAGACUCUCGGACCAAAACGAGAGACUGGAUGAUUCCAGUGGGACUGAAACUGUCUCGUUGGUGCCGACAGACGCAGACACACGAGUUCACGGUGUGGAAAUCAUGACGUUCGUGUCAGAGGCUAUAAAUCUGCCUGGAGGACAAAGUUUAAGAUGAAAAGGUGUUUACAUCCUCAGAGUCAUCAUCCUUCACAUCUACAGUCAGAUCCUGAAGCACGGGGGGGGAAAUACCACAGGUUUGAUAUGAUGGACAAACAAUUAUGCAACUGUUAAAGGAAAAAUCCACCCUUUCUUAUGUUUUCUUCUGAAUUCAGUGUCUUUUACAUGUUCAAGUGGCCGGUGAACUGUAUUUAUAACUGAAAAAACAACCCAGGGACGUAAGAAGACGUUGUGUUCUCAAGGUGCUCAUUUAAAGUUUGGAUGAUGUCAUUCCAGACGCUGCCAGAAACUCAACAAAGCAUCUAAAGCCACAUUCAGACGGGAUCAAGGUCAAAGAACUCAAAUAUCUACUGUGCUCUUUGCUAAAUUUACUUUGCCCAGAGGAGGAGGCAAAGAAACAACAGGACUCUGAGUCAAACGUUCCAUGUCCUGAGGAAGUCAUUAUCUCCGUCAAGGUUAUCUUUCUGUCCGUUUGUCCAUUUGUCCAUGAGACAGACGGUGAGAGUUUCCAUGAAACUUGGUGGAAAGUUGUGAUGUGACUCAGGGAAGAAUGUGGAUCAGGAGGUAGAUCCAGAUUUAUUUGUUUCAAAUUCUUUGACAUUGUGAGAUGUUUCCUUGAUUCCUCAAAGAAUAAUUCCUGGAUCUAUUUAAAAGCAGUUUCAGACUGUUGGGCCUCGGCUCAGUUCUACUGAGUGAAUUCUAAAUAUGUCAUUAUUCCAGUUCCCAAAUCGAUGAGACGCAAAACCCACAAUCGCAAAAGGCCAAAUUUACUGUUCAGAUUUGAUCAGGGUGGAUUUUUCCUUUAAAGCAGGAUGAACAUCACUGAGCCUGUAAACACAGAAGGAGGAUCCUGCUCUUCCUGUCCUACAAACAUCAGUCAGUAUGUUUUUCUUUUUUCUUUCUGUAUCUGCUUCUUUUCUGCUUUUCUCUUUAUCUGAUUUUCACGGUUGGAUUUAAUUAAUUUUCCAAAUCACGUCUCGCUAAGAGGAUUUUUGUUUUUUAAAUUAGAUUUAAAUGCCGAAUUACUCCGACUGCCAAUUCUUGCACUAAGUCCGGCUGAAUUAUACUUUUGUCUAAGCCACAAGCACAUGAACACACAUGAACACACACACACACACACACUCUCUCUCUCAGGCCAGCUGUAGCACCAAUGAAGAUGAAUGGAGGCUUUCUAUGCAGCACUGAAGCUGCACACAGAUCUGUAAUAGAUUCUAUAUCAUAUUGAUGUGUCUGCCAUCUAACGUUUGCACUGUUAAUCCUGCGUUUUACAUAUCUGAGCUCGGCCUCUGGGCGUCUCUCGCACUUCAGUAGCUUUAAGUCACAAUUUUGACAUCAGCAAUAAUAACAAUGAUCAUGAAAACAUUUUGUAUUUUAGCUCGAAACGUUCAACAUGUUAGAAAAUCACUUUAGCGAAGGAAACUGAACACAACACGCCGGUAGUUGUCGUGACCUCGUUAUUGUUUCUCCAUGAUGUGGUCACAGUCGCUGGUUGUCAAACACUUUGUACUGAAGCACUUAAAGUUUCAUUUGGAGUUAGUCAGUUAAAGAAAAGAACAAACUAUCUAAACAAGGAUGUGUCGAUAUGUUCAGUCUUUGUAAAAUGUGGACGUUUCUGUUUCUCGUCUGAUCAGUUCAUGGUUUCUGAGUUUUCAUGAGAUUUGUUGACAAUAAGAAAAAGUCUAAAAAUAACCCGGAGCUUGUUUCUUCUCUUUAAACUGUAAACAGCUUUUUUUUCUCUGCUGAUCUGCAACAAAGCUUCAAACUCUGUCUGAACUGACGUCACAGAGACAUGAAGCCGACCUCGCCACGACUUUAGGAUUGUUACAGCCACGUGUUUCUCUUUUCUUCUUUUUUAUUUAAUUAUUUUAUGGAAUAAAUAAUUAUGUAACCUGAA